UGGAGUGGCAAAAACACACAAAGCCAUAAAUGGAGAGAGAAUGAUGAGAGUAGUGGCGCCAAGUGCACACCGUUUUGUAUUAAGCUGCCCAAAAUUCCCACUCUCACUCCAUAAUCACCUUCUUCAGCUUCCUCUCUAUAGAAUCCGAACCCUAUUAAACCCUCCCAAAACCCUACGUUGUCUCCUCCAUCGCAGAGCAACAAUGGCGACGGAACCCCCUCUGCCCGGCACCGUUCAAGUCAACGACAAAAUUCUUCUGACUGAGAAGGAAACCUUAAUUUUCAAACGCCUUAAAGAUGUUCUUCAUCACUUCAAUCUCAACACUCAGCUCCGUGUUGCCGGCGGUUGGGUCCGAGAUAAGCUUCUUGGAAAAGAUUGUUAUGACAUUGAUGUUGCUAUAGAUAACAUGUUGGGUAGAGAAUUUUGUGAAAAGAUCAAUGAGUACCUAAUUAAGACUGGAGAAGAUGUUCAGGGAAUUGGCGUUAUUCAAUGCAAUCCUGACCAAUCAAAACACUUGGAAACUGCAAGGAUGCGCCUUCUUGAUCUGUGGGUCGAUUUUGUAAAUUUAAGGGCUGAAGAUUACUGUGAAAAUAGCCGCAUCCCUACCAUGAGAUUUGGUACACCGGAAGAGGAUGCUUAUAGGAGGGAUUUGACUAUAAACAGCUUGUUCUACAAUAUUAAUACUGAUACUGUGGAAGAUUUUACUGGCAGAGGCAUUACAGAUCUAAAGUUAGGAAAAAUAGUCACUCCUUUGCCCCCAAAGGAGACAUUUUUGGAUGACCCAUUACGUGUUCUUCGAGCUAUCCGUUUUGGUGGAAGGUUUUGUUUUGUGCUAGACGAGGGACUAAAGGAAGCAGCAGCUUCUGAUGAAGUGAGAGAUGCCAUUAAAGAGAAGAUAAGCAGGGAAAGGAUUGGUCAUGAAGUAGAUCUCAUGGUUGGAGGAAAUCAACCUAUUAAAGCAGUGACCUAUAUCUGUGAUUUGCAGUUAUUUUGGAUUGUUUUUAAUCUUCCUUCUAAUGUCGAGCCUUCACCACCAGAAGCUUGUGAUAGGCUCUGUCUUGCUCUCAUGGAUUCAACAUCGAAACUUAUUCAGUCACUGGAAGCUCUUACCUUAAAUGAUGAACAGAGGCGGCUAUGCUUAUAUGCUGCUUUAUUUCUUCCUCUAAGGAGCAUGGUGUACAGAGAUAAUAAGAAGAAAAAGAUCCCAGUAGUUGAUUUCAUAUUUCGAAAUUCUCUCAAACUUAAAGCUAAAGAUGCUGAAACAGUUAUUAGCGUACACCGCGCAACAGAGAAAUUUAUACCAUUAGUUUCUUGUAUUACGUCUGAAAAGGAUGUGCAACAUGCUGAAGCUCACUGUGGGAAAAUUCUUACUGAUGUUCCUGAGACAUCAAAAUUACGGAUAUUAUUAGGCUUGCUUCUCCGGGAAAUCAAAGAAUUUUGGCCAGUUGCAUUGCUUGUAUCCACAUUACUCUAUCCUAAUGGUGUUUUAUGCGAGUCAUCAGCUGAGGACUUAAAGUUAGAGAAGAGCGAGGAGUUGUUUAAGCUGGUUAAGGAUGUGAUUGUGAAACUAGAUCUUGAAAACAUUUGGGAGGCGAAGCCAUUAGUGAACGGGAAGGACAUUAUGAGUAUCUUAAACCUCAAAGCUGGACCAAAUGUGAAAGAAUGGCAACAAAAGGUUAUUGAAUGGCAGCUUGCCUAUCCUACUGGAACUGCGGAUGAAUGCCAAGAAUGGCUGAGGGAAGCAGGUGCAAAACGUGCAAGGAUGGACGAUAAUGUUUAAGGCAACUUUUUUUAAGAGUACGAAGAGUUUUUUGCUUUUUUAUUUAAUCUCCACGGGGGCAGUGAUGUAAUGUUGUAAGCUUCAUUUAAAAGAUUAUGUGAAUAACAAAGCUGAUGCCAAAUUUAAAUGGAUCUUUGUCAUCUA